AUGCAGGAGUACUGGGCCUCCGUCGGAUGCAGGAGUACUGGGCCUCCGUCGGAUGCAGGAGUACUGGGCCUCCGUCGGAUGCGCCGUCAUGCAGUGCAGCAACACCAAAUCACCACCCUUUUCCUCUCUUCUACUCCUACUUGUAUCCGCCAGCUAUGUAGAUUCACCAGCAGCAGCAUCAAUCAAUGGCUGAUAGAUAUAAUGACGGUUCUUGAUUUUCCCAAUCAAUCCAUCGAGCAGGUCGGCGCCGGGACGAUGAACCCCCUCACCUUCAUCCGGGUGCUGGGCCGCGAGCCGUGGAACGUCGCCCGGUGCAGCUCGCUAGGAUGCUCAGGCGAUAGGUUUGUUCUUUCCAUUAGUUCGAUUGAUUCAGGUUUGUCUCGGAUGGUUUGGGUUCAAGGCAUCUUUGAUGCUAUUGUACGGUGGCAUGUAUGUGAUUUACUUCUUUUGUUUGUUCUCUCGACCCUGUCACUCUCCGUUGGAUUUUGGGAGUUUGCCCUGCUAUCCAUCUGUGUGAUGCAGUCCUCCUUUCCAUGUCCUUUUGUUCUUUUUAUUGUGUUUUUUGGUCUUGCUUACAAUUUGUUGGUCAUGCUUAACAUACUCUUGCCUGUAGUUAGACAUUUGUAGCUGAAAGAGAAGUAUAUUAUGCAAUACAGAGGAACUCUAUGAAUUACUCUUUGCCUGGUAACCUUUUUCUAUAUUUACAUUUGUUUCAGGUCCUAUUGGAGUUUAUCUACUGCAAAUGUUCUGCUGCGAUUUAGCUCGGAGCGCUGCCUCGAGUGCUUAGUUUCGUCUUGCCGAGGUUUCAUUUUCCUCUUCCAACCUUAUUUUCUUGUGCUUGUAUUAUAUUCAGUCUUUUAAUCAAUUCUAACUGCGUGUGUUCCGUGCGUUGUGUUCUUUCUUACCUGUUGUUGCUCUCUCCCUUCUCCUUUUCACUCAUUUCUUUGAUUUAACGACAUAAUAUCUCAUCUUUGUUCGUGUAGAUUCAUUUUUGUAUCUACCUAUGAGGCGGUUGAUGAAAAUCCAAGAUACUGCAGUGGCAGAUUAAUAUAUGUGUAACAAAUUAUGCUU